AUGGACCAAAGAUAAAGUCUUCUGGCCUCGCGAUCUACUUCCUAGAGAAGAGGGAUACGAAAAUAUCGCCGUACACUCUUUCGGCUACGACUCCGACUUCAAGAAAAGCAAUGUUUUGAAUAUUGUCGACUUUUCCAAUUCACUGUUAGCAAGCUUGGAGGACAGUUCGCUUAUUUCCAGCUCGUUGCCCUGUCGUUCUUAUCGGUCACAGUAUGGGGGGUCUGGUAAUCAAAAAAGCAUACAUCAUCGCGAAGACCGGCAACAAAUUCAUGUCACUCUGCAGUCGCAUCCGAGUCAUGUGCUUUAUUGCGACGCCCCAUCAUGGCUCUGCCCAUGCAACAAUGUUGUCGCACGUAUUUCGAUUUGCUCCCGGCAUGAAACCGUACCUCAAUGACCUGGCGAGCGAGUCGCCAGAAGUCAAGAGCAUCAACAACUCGUUCCCGAGAUACUCGCAAGAUCUCGUACUGCAUUCAUUCUUCGAAUCGCAGGCUUUACAGAUCACUGGAGUCGGGGGUCCUCUAAUCGUAGAGAAAAUGAACGCUGUGCUAAGUGUGGGGAACGAACGGGCUGAGACGCUGAAUGGUGACCACCGGAGUAUCUGCAAAUUUGGUUCAGCGGAAGACUCUAACUUCAAAAGAAUUCAUCAAGCACUUCGCAAGACUCUUUCCCAGAUCAUCGGACAAGGCCUCCAGAGUCUGAAUGAGAACAUCAAUGCCCAUCGAGGACUUCCAUCAACGGUUGAUAGUCAGGCAGCUGACCUGUGGCGAUUAAUUUCGGAGAAGAUUCCAGGCACUUGCAAAUGGCUAGAUCAGAAUGCCAACUAUGAUCGUUGGAUAACAACGAAAGAUGAUACACUACUAUGGAUCAGAGGACCUCCUGCAGCAGGAAAAUCUUUUCUUGCCGCUCACGUGGUCGACAAGUUACGAGGCGGUCCGAACAAUGUGUGCUACUACUUUUUUGUCAAGGGAGACAAGAGUCGAACAUCUGUGUCUUCCUUCUUACAAUCAAUGGCUAGCCAAACAGCAUCCGCUGUACCAGAAGUCGCGAAGCUGAUCGAUGAUAUGUUGAAGGACGAACCCGAAUUGGCAAGAGCUGUAGAUCACAGCAUAAUAUGGCGUAAACUGUGGUUGGAUGGUAUUCUCAGGCUGAAGCUAGACACAGCUCCUAAGCUGACCUGGAUAAUCGAUUCUCUGGAUGAGUGUCAGGCAGACGUGGCACUGUCCAAAAUACUGAUCCAUCUCUGUGAGAAGCGGUUUGCAAGAAUCCUGGUUACAGCAAAAGCCGAUCAUCACACCUAUCACGUUGUACCCAGACUCGUAAACUCUCUGGACAUACGCAUAGAAGAUACUCAAGAAGACAUAUCCGCAUAUCUGGACCAACAGCUGGAUUCAUCAGAGACACGAUUGCGCAACGGAAUCCUGGCCAAGUCAAAUGGUUGUUUCCUGUGGGCCACUCUCGUCGUUCGCCGGCUGGAGAAUGUACACGGCCUCGAGGCAAGGUUACAAGCAAUUCAAAGUGAGCCUCCUGGCAUGCAAGACCUCUACGCCAACAUCUCGAAGUCAUUGCCGGACCAUCAGCUGUCUAGGACAAUAUUGACCUGGGUCUUUUGUGCUGUGCGGCCUCUCUCGCUUGCUGAACUCAGUUACGUACUGCCGGGCUUGAGCGACGAAGGUGACGACGAUGCUGUUCGAACUCUCGUCUCCCGACACUGCCACGAUCUCAUGUAUGUGGACAGCAAUGAUCAGGUUCGCACACGCCAUUUGAGUGCACGGGACUUUCUGUUGCGUCCUGGCAUCGAUCACGGGGACUCGGGGCUUGCGAUUGAUCGUGCUACAGGUCACAAGACUCUGGCUUUAGGUUGUUUGAAGUAUCUCCUUAGCUCGGAAAUGAACAAGAAAAGUCGACACAAACUGAGCAUCUCUCGUAGAAGGUCUCCAUUCUCUAGCUACGCCGUCGACUCUUUCUACUUGCAUCUCAACGAGAGCCCCGCUCAGGAUCAAGAGCUGUUGAAACAACUCUCCACCUUUCUGAAGUCGGAUAACCUUCUAGCCUGGAUUGGUUACUCUGCUCGUAAGGGCAACCUAGAAACUGUGCUUCGAACUGCACAAUCUCUCAAAGACUUCUUGCGACGAAAGUCAAAAACAGACCUUCUCAUAGGGAAGGAGGUAGAAGUGGUCGACAAAUGGGCGACAGAUCUGGUGAAGCUCAUAAGUAAGUUUGGGCGACAUCUCUCGCUAUAUCCUCAUACCAUAAAUGAUUUGAUACCACCAUUCUGUCCUUCGACUACGGCUCCUUUCCAGCAAUUUGCUAGCGAUUGUGGUGGCAUCGCGGUUUACGGACUCUCGGCAACUAACUGGGAUGAAUGUCUUUGUACCCUGGCCCCUUCUGACCACCACAUAGAAAGAUUCACUGGAUCUUCCAGCAACACAUCCUCUAGUAGCGCACGGAGAAUAUCGGAGACAGCAUCUCAGCCUGGGACACUCACGUCUGUCGCCUCUGGAAAAAGCAUCUUCGCCAUAGGAAGCUCAACGGGUAAAAUAUCACUCUUCAACGAUUCGACUUGUCUUGAAGAGGUUGUGAUCAGACAGGAUACCCGAGUCAAGGCUCUUAGAUUCGCAACGCGCACACCUGUCUUGAUCAGCGUAAGCAAUCGAACUAUUCACGCAUGGAACACCCAGACGUCCAAGCCGAUGUGGACGGCUGGAAUUCAGAAAGAAUGCAUGGAUCUUGCUUUCGUCGAUGACGAGCGGGUGCUUCUUGUCGCGCUGCAGAACAACGUGUUGCUCACGUACAAUGCUCUUGACGGCACGGUCCUGGAUACUAUUGAGUGGGCCAGAAGAUUACAAGGGCGCUAUGGCGACAAGUUCAAAAGCAAGUUCCCUCUGACAGCCACUUUCAAAACCGAACUGAGCACACUUGCCAUCGUCUACCGGGGUCAGGAUAUAGUCUUGUGGAACUAUGAAGAGGAUACAUAUCAGUUAUACAACCACGACACAGGGCUCUCGGACGGUUUGACUGUUCAGAUGGCUAGCGUGAACACACUGUUAUUCAGUCGGUCCCCGGAAUCAUCGCUUCUCGUUGCUAGCUACACUUUGGCAGAUUUGGUUUUGUUCGAUGUCCGCUUGAAGAAGGUGAAAGUGACUGUCUCCAAAGCUGGGGCGUACUAUCGACUAAGUGCAUCUCCCGAUGGACGUACAUUCGCAGCUGGUGCCAAUGACGGGACUAUCAAGUUAUACGACUUCGAAACCUUGAGAGUGGUCUACACAAUACGAUCCGAGGACCACGCUAUCACUACAUUGGCUUUCAACCAUGACUCUGUCCGCUUGUUCGACAUCAGAGGAAAUGGACGGAGUUGUCGAGUCUGGGAACCAGCCGCUCUCCUCCGCCGCGAAAUUGAGACCGAGUCUGUCCGUACUCCCUCUACGUACAGCCGCGACAAUCAUGAAGACGUUAUUGACCGCAAUGAUGACAAUGUCUCCAUUGUAACAGCACUAGCAUGUCACAAAGAAGGCAGAUACAUUGUAGGAAAGAACGAUGCCACAGUUUGGCUGUUUGAUUCCCACUCUGGGAAGGCGGUGACACAACUUUUCAAGCUUCACGCCAGCAUCACGAAACUCGGAUUUUACAGAGAACAUUCGCUAUUGAUCAGUGUGGAUACAGCAGGAUACCUAUUUGUCCAUCGCUUGCAACUUGAGCGAGAUGAGUGGUGUGCGAAAGAGGUAUUUCAGCAUCAAAGCAUGGGCACCGGUGUACAGCAUUCCAUUAUGAAUCACAAAUGCGACCGAAUCCUCAUAUGUGCCAACGACAAGGCUGCUGUUUAUUCAAUCCCCAGUGGUCAAGCUUUUGAUGGCUCAAUCGAUCACGAACCCGAGGUCAGCUACGCAUUCACAUAUCAUCCGACAAAUUCAAACAUCCUCAUUUCCGCUCAUAGUCAGACGAUCCGCUUGUAUUCUUGGCAGAAUCUCGCAUCAGUUAAUGUAAAAACUGGCAUUAAUCUUUCACAAGAUUUAGAGUCAGACAUGCAACUUCGAGGUGUUGCGCCGAUCUUGAACAACUCGGCCCUCAUUAUCAACUACUCUGGUCACGGACUUAGAGUAAAGCCAAGGGCUUUCAGCAUCCCUAUUCCUGUGAUUUCGCCCGGCUCUCAUGAAAUCAAAGUGAUAGCCUAUCAGCAGGCUGUCUGCGACCAGAUGGAGUAUUACAUCGGCUCCUACCAAGAUCUCGAGGUCUUCUUGGGCACUGACGGGUGGAUAUGCUCUGCCAACAAAACCUCAUUCAAAGACAAAGAUGAAGUCUUGCAUCAUUUCAUGCCACCCUCAGAUUGGGUGAGGGCCAAUCCCAGGCUCGUUAUCAAUGUCACAGAUCUGGGCGAUAUUCUCUUUGCAUGGAAAGGAGAAGUUGCUGUUGUAAAGCAUGGCCUAGAUAAAGAUUACGAGGUGAAGAGGGUUGCAGAUGUCUUGUAGAAUGCCAAGUUCAGACCGACUUUUUCCAAUGAAGGAGCGAUGGCUGUCGGGGCUCAACGCGAUUUCUUCUCCAGGCCGCACAACGUAUCAUCAAAAGUCUUGCGCGUUGCGUCACCCAACCAGCCUCUAUCGCCAGUAUCAUCAACCAACACAUCU